AAGAGCCCUGUUGCCAUGUACAAGCCCAACCCACUCUAUCUCCAACGACACCAUUUGUCCUUACCAGCUAGGAGCCCUCUACCAUCGUGCUGGUGCGAGUGUGAAGAGCUGCAGAUGAGUUCCUUGAGUUUAGCUUCAAUCUUCGCUGGUGGCCGCCGGAGUUUGGGUCCGCCAGUUACCGUCCUGCGCACUUUAGCAUCCACCCAUGUUUGUUUUGUCAAUAAGCACCAGAACAACAAUUCUUUAGCUUGGUUUUCUUUGAGUUCACAUAAGAGAACGUUCGGCUGUGGAUCCUCGAGAGCAGAAGUUACUUGCACAACUACCAGUUCUUCUGUUAAUGGAUACCUAGAUUAUGAUCGAUUGCUUCCAUGUCCCUCACAAAAUAGACCACCAAGAGUCGAACACUUGGUUGUUUUACAGGAGGGGCCUGUACUAGACUAUAUCUGCAAAGCUCUGGAUCUUCCUCAUCUGUUUGUUGCAGACCUCAUUCAUUUUGGCGCUGUACAUUAUGCCCUUGUGUGCCCACAGCCACCUCCAACAGCAACUCCAGAGCAGGUUAGGUUAUUUGAAGAAUUUACAGCACCGUCAGUUCUGAAGAAGAGAUCUUCCAUCAAAGGAAAAACUGUACGAGAAGCACAAAAAACUUUUCGGAUAACUCAUGUUGAACAGUUUCUUGAAGCUGGAACUUAUUUGCGUGUUCAUGUACAUCCAAAGCGCUUCCCAAGGUGCUAUGACAUUGAUUGGAAAUCAAGAAUUAUAGCUGUGACGGAAUCUUAUGUUGUUUUGGAUAAACCUGCUGGUACAUCAGUGGGUGGAACUACAGAUAAUAUAGAAGAAAGUUGUGCAACCUUUGCCACUCGUGCUUUGGGAUUAACAACUCCUUUGAAGACUACCCAUCAGAUUGAUAAUUGCACAGAGGGCUGUGUUGUGUUAGCUAGGACAAGGGAGUACUGCUCAGUUUUCCAUGGAAAAAUCAGAGAUAAAAAGGUGAAGAAGCUUUAUCUUGCUCUUGCUGCUUCUCCUGUGCCAACUGGAGUAAUUACCCACUACAUGCGUCCUGUUAAUAUUGCUCCCAGAAUUGUAUCAGAAGAAUUUAUAGAAGGAUGGCACUUGUGUCAACUUGAGGUCUUGGAAUGCAAAAAGGUUCCUUGGCCAGAUGCUGUAACUGAAGAGAAAUAUUCUGUUGAAGACUGUGGGUGGCCCUCAAAAGAUUAUGCAUACGAGUGCAAGAUCAAUCUUUUGACUGGUCGAACACAUCAGAUUCGAGCUCAACUGGCUGCCUACGGUGCACCAUUAGUGGGUGACUCGAUGUACAUGCCAGCUGCAAUUGCAGAAAUUGCAAAUCCUGGAGUUAAUCCAUUUGGAAAAUACAAAAAACAAUACGUGAGUCAGGAUGAUCAAUCAUUGGCCACUGCUGAGUGGGUUGUACAGCAUGGAAAGGAACCAAACGUUGCUAUUGGUCUUCAGGCCUGUCAAAUUUCAUGGGAUGAUGGCAAGCACAUUUACAAGGCUGGAUCUCCGUGGUGGAGAUGUAAGCCUGCUUAGAAUUGGUAAUGGAGGAUUGAGAUGAAUUACCAAGUGGGGUAUUUUCUUACAGCUGAUGCUUUGGGGCCUAUCAAUCAUAUGACUGCUGAUUAACCCAUCUUGUCAUCUCCAAGGUGAUUCUUUUUCCUUGCCCUGUCAAUAAAUGGAGGGAUAUGAUGUGCAGGCAUGGAUUCAACUUGAAAAACGAGGAAUAGAGAUGCUCAUUAUAUAUGUUUGUAAAAGCAAGCCUAGGCAAAUGCAAUUUUGAGACUUAGUAAGAUCAACAGCCAACUUUGUCAUGACUCGUUUUGGCUCUUCUCAUAAAUUUCUGUUCCAUUAUUUGUAUUUUCCUAAUUUAUAAAAUACAUUCCCUUUUUUUUGUUUGUGGUACUUGAUCAAAGUUUUGUAAUACAUAGUGAUAGAUUUGGACACUUAA